AUGGUGAACAUCAAGAGCAAGCAUGGUGUAUUCUGUUCUCUCUUAGCGAUAGCAGUAACGCUGCCCUUGGACUCUGUUGCAUCGGCUUUUGUUCCAUCGCUUCUUCCUUUCCAAGGGAGACGCCAUGAUUGGACGUUGCCAGCAACCCAUCACUCCUUUGAGUUGCUUUCCCGGGAAUUCAAUGACUGCAGCGUCCCGGAAAUCCAAAAGAUUCUGGUGCAAAAAGGGGCUGAAUUCAAGCAACGACAAGAUGAACAAGAAUCAGAUACUAGUACUUCCACAGCUCCAGUGCUCAAAUCUUCGUUCGACAAAGUUCCUGGAUGCGUGGCGAACGUGCACAUUCAAACCUCCCUAAUAAAGAGAAACCAAGAAGAAGACUACCAAGUUACUUACAAAGGACACGCCGAUGCACUGCUGAGUCGAGGCUUGAUGGCUGCAUUGAUGACGGUGCUUGACUCCUGUGACGUGGACGAAGUUCGUCACAUGGAUCCUGCUUCGAUUGCCGAACAAAUGGGAGUCCGUCGAGCACUCAGUCCGGGCCGAAAUGAUGGAUUGGCAAACAUGAUGCAAGUGAUUCAAAACCAAAUACAAACGCUCUUGUCGUCGUCGGAAACCAAAAAGACUGAUGAAUCAGUGGAGACGGUGGACUCGACAAAAACAAGAGACAUUGCCCCAUUGUACGUGGACGAAACUGGGAAAUCCAAUGAGGAACCUGGAAGGCACCAAUCUGCAAGAGGGGAUUCUUCCGUGGCAGUAGAAUCUGAUAUUCCAACGAAAAAGAAGGCAACGGUGGCAUUGUUGUUAUCAGGAGGAGUCGACUCAUCUGUGGCACUGAGAUUGCUUCUGAAGCAAGGAUACAAUGUCACAGCCUUUUACCUCAAAAUUUGGUUGGAAGACGAGCUGGCGCAUCUGGGGCAGUGCCCUUGGGAAGAUGAUUACAACGUGUGUCGACAAGUCUGUGAACAAGCCGGGGUGUCGCUCGAGUCAAUCAGCCUUCAGGAGGAAUACCGUGAUAGAGUCAUUUCCUACACGAUUCACGAAGCUGAACGGGGGAGAACUCCCAAUCCAGAUAUCCUUUGCAACUCACGCAUCAAAUUUGGGUGUUUCUACGACGCCAUUGCAGGACGAGACUUUGACUUUGUGGCAUCGGGCCAUUAUGCUAGGUUGGAGCCAAACUUUGCAACAACUACUGUCGUAGAAGCUGGAAAGAGGGAACCCAUGCGACUCUUUCGGGCACCGGAUCCCGUCAAGGAUCAGUCAUACUUUUUGUGUGCCUUGAGUCAGGAACAACUCCAGCGAGUCAUUUUUCCCAUUGGCCAUCUACAAAAGGCUCAAGUACGAGAACUGGCAGAGUCAUUCCAAUUACCAAAUCGUCACAGGGCCGAUUCUCAAGGUCUCUGCUUCCUUGGAAAGGUGAAAUUUGAAGAUUUCCUGGGUGCCUAUCUGGGAGAACGCCCUGGAGAUAUUGUGGAUGCAGCGACAGGUGACAUUUUGGGCCAACAUCGCGGUGUUUGGUUUCAUACAGUUGGCCAGAGAAAAGGAAUCGGCAAAGUACUAUAUCCAAAAGCAACUGCGAAAGGUCCGUGGUAUGUUGUCGCCAAGGAUCCUUCACACGAUUUGGUAUUUUGCUCCAAUCAAUAUGACGAAGAUAUUUUCACAGCGGCUAGAUCCGAAUUUCACGUUGAAGAUAUCAAAUGGGUUGCUGGCAAACCUCCUUCUACAGUUCAACAACACGAAAACGGAAGUGGACGCUUCGAGAUGAAGAUUCGUCAUGGUCCAAGACUUGUUCAGGGAACUCUGACACUGAUUGAUCCCAGUGGAGAUGAAGGAACUGUGAAACUGGACCGGAAGGAUGGAGGAUUGGCUCCUGGCCAAUACGUUGUGUUCUAUGUUGGCGAGGAGUGUCAUGGUGGCGGUGUCAUCAGCGAACGACACUGGGCAAAGUUCCUUUUGCAGCGUGAAGAGACGCAGUCAAAGAACCAGACUACAGCACUGCAGACAUGA